AUGCCCAUGGGCCUGACCAACUCCCCUGCUACAUUCCAACGUGUAAUGGAGCUGGUUCUGCGCGGACUCCCGUGGCAGGUCUGUAUGGUGUACUUGGACGAUGUGUUAAUAUUCAGUCCUACGUUUGAGGAGCACAUGUCCAACCUGCGGGAGGUGUUUUCUCGUAUCCAGGCAGCGGGUCUCAAGCUCAAUCCCCAGAAGUGUCACCUGGCUCGGGAUCAUGUGGUGUUCCUUGGCCACGUCGUUUCCAGUCGGGGCCUGCAGCCGGACCCCAGGAACACUAACAAGGUCAAGUCAUGGCCCACACCGCGUUCGCCCACAGAGGUGUACACUGAUGCGUCUAUGGAAGCUGUUGGGGCGGUGUUAGCUCAGGAUAAAGAUGGGCUGGAGAGUCGUCGUAUAUGCUAG